UGGCGCUGGCGGAGGGAGCUCAGACGGUUGUUGUUCCCUGAGGGCAGCCCAAGCCUAGCCGCCGCCUGUCUCCUCCCGCUUCUCGGGGCCGCUGAGGCGACGGGGCCCCGGCAUGGAGCGGUCCCGCUGGCAGAGCGCUUCCCGGAGCGGAAAGGCACCGCCGAAGAAGCGCCGUCCGUCCCCGCUGCCGGGGGCGACCGCACCCCUGGGCAGAGCCGGCGGCCGGGUCGGAGUCUCCCAGCCGUGCCGGCGGCGCCUCUUCGAGAGCGCGGGCCCCCGCGGGCCGCAGCCCGGCAGCCUGAAGGGCAAGUCCAGUGUGAAAACCUUACCAAAAAUUAAAGAAAAUCUUGAAGUCACCAAAGCGAGCCAUUCAUCCAACCAAAGCAAUCAAGUGAACAUCAAAGAAGAAACAGACUUGGAAAAAAAUGAAGAGAAAAUAGAAGAAAGCACUGUACCGCUGAAGGAAUCCCUGAUAAUCAACUUUGAAAGUAAAGAAAGUUUGAAAAAUGCUGAAGUGACUUCAAGUACGGGAAUGACUCUUCCCACAGGUGUUUCAACCUUUCUCCUAGAGUGUUUGGAUGUAGGUUCAACUGCUGAUUAUAACGCACAAGCUAGUGACAGCCUGAACAGUUGGCCGUCUCCUGAAACAUUCAGAGAUGAUCCUUCAGAAAGAAGUAAUGUUUACUCUGGGGACACUGAUAAGUACAAGAACUCUACUCUCCUGGACUCCAGCAAAGCCAUGACCAUAGAUAAGAUACCACCGAUCUCAAAUCUUUCAGCAAUAUUAGAACCUGUACCGGAGGAUUUUCAAGACCAAUAUACUAGAAGAAAGAGACCAUCGAAUUGCAAUUACAGUUCUUCAGCAUUAAGUGUUUCAACUACUCUGGCAGGAAAAAAAGUCUGUAAAAUUACAGCUGCAAGAGAGAGAACUCCAGACCUAAAAACUGGUAUGCGCUGUUCUUCACCGUUAGGACCGGAAAGAAAGCCUGACAAUCAAACUGCUGAACCCAAAAGGCUGAAGUGUAAGAAGAAGGAAAAAAAUUCUAAUACAUUAGAAGAAGGUACGUGGUCAUUCAGUCAGCUUGAUGCCCCAGGAAACGCUUCAGCCAGAUCAGUGGGGAUGACGGCAGAAGCGCUGCCGUCCAAACGGACGGAUGCCGUGGUGCAAAGGAGUUCGACCAUGCUGAUCAUGGAGGAAAAGAAAGCUCUAAGAAAUCUUGGUUAUGCUCAGCCUGCAGAGCUAAACAUACUAUUACGAGUACCAAAAACUGGAUCUGCUGUAAACAUAGAUGAGAUUUCUGGGUUUCAGCAGGAGUCAACAGAAGAAAUAGCUGUCUUGCUGCUGCGGCAGAGAGGGAAUGACGAGGGGAGAACCAGGCAGACCCAGCAGAUCAAUACCUGGCUCCGAGCCUGGAUCACCGGUAGGAUUUUGGGGUUUUUUGAUCAUGGAUCAGUCUACAUGACACCAGGCCUGCUGGCAACAGACUGGGUACACUGGUCUCAAAGGGGGGAAAUGGAUCUUUGUGCAGGAGUUAGCAGGGCUCAUUGAAAGAGUUUUAAACUAGAUUUGAAGGGGGAAAAGGAUAAAACCAGGCUCGGUAGAGAUAAGCCUGGGGGCAGCAUGCCAGUGUUAGAGACGGUGUGCUAGCGAGGUCCUUUGGUCUGCCAUCUCAGUGGAGGUAGGGAAUGGGGAUCCAUGCAGCAGCAAAGACACAGGGGUUACUGAUGGGUUAGGAGCCACGGAAGCACCUGAGAAUGGUCACGUAGGAAUUUCAUCUCAGUUAUUUGUAAUAUCACCUACCUCAGUCAUUGUUUCUUCUGGUGGCUUCAGACUUGUGCAGAGGAAGUAGAUGCCUCUCAUGAAUACAAAGGUGGAAAAACCCCUUUUACAGCUGAACUGUCUCAAGAGCUGGAUAUUGGCAUUCUGGAUUUUCAGGUUACUGCUCACGCUAUCUGGCACAUAGAUUUGAUCCCCAGUGCUUCCAGUUCAUCUUGUGCUUGUUAAUCCAUAAAUGUCAUUCUUAGCAGCGUGCUGAAUGCCUCAGAAAACACUGACAAGAGCACAGUUUUUCUCCACUUGCAUUCACUGCAGGCUAAAGUAAUUUGGAUCCCUACAGUGUUCUCACUACAACACCCCUUACUCAGACUCUUUUGUAGUCAUAAAGUAGAUUUUUCAAUGUUUUAAAAUUAUAGUGUAGCUUUCCAAACCUCUUGCAGUCUGAGUUUGUUUCUCAGUAUUAUCAACCAGAACAUUCAUGCCCUGGAAAAUAGUUCUGUAUUUCCAAAAAGAGCACAUCAAGAAGAUCUAUAAAGUCCGUAAGUUUAAUUAGUUUGACUACAUUUGAAAAGACCUGUGAAAGUUCAGACCCUGAGCCUUUUCCCAUUGCUCUGGGGUAGAAGGAAGUGCAAAAUAAAUGCUGCUAGAUUAGUCUAUGAACAAGUAUUGUAUAAAUAUACUGUAUGGCUCAAGGUUAAAAAUGAUGCUAUUAAGUUAUUUUUUCCUUUAAGCAUUAGUAGAAUGAGUUCUGCCAGUAACUCUUUGGAGUCCUCUUGGGUAUGCUUCUAAUUAUCAAUAUCCUUGUUCUUACAAAUACUAAGCAACUGGUAAAUACGCAAGAAUCUUGAGCCCCUAGAAGGUAGAGGUGAGCUCCUUGAUGUAGCUUUAAUCAAAAUUGAAAGUUGUGUAUCUAGUAAGUUGUGAUGAUGAUGAUUGUUCAAGUAAAGGAUGGUCCAGAAUAAAGGAGAUGUUUUAUCGUAAGGGUGUUCUAGGAGUCCUAGGAAAGAACAGUUAUUUUGCCCCAAACCGCUUUGUAGUUUGUAUACAAGAAACAGACUAACACUGACAAACCAAUUGAGAGUACAAGAGAAGAAAAUAUGGCAUAUGUCUGUGGAAUUGGCUGCAGCAGCCUGAAUAUUGCUGAGUUUUGCUUUUGUUUUUCUUGAUGUGAUGAGGCUACAUAGGAGGACACAAAUAUCCCGAACCACAAUCUCUCUUGUCCUUCCCUUCAGUUACAAAAGCGCUGCUUCUUAUUUUCAUCUUUUGUCUGACUCUUGGAGAAAGUAUAAUUAAUUACCAGACUAGCGCUCUGCCCCAGGGAAGGAAAUUUUAUUCAUUUUGAGGCUGCAACAAUAUCUACUCUUGUUCUGCUGUUCUCAAAGGGAAGGCAUUUUCCCAUGUUUUGGUUUUAGACUGAAGAAUGACUACAUAAAAUUUCAUUUGAAGUGGAAACUGGCUCUUCCAUAUUAGUGGAGAAAGGUUAUGGGUCACGGGCAGUUAAUGGGUAGUACAGAAGAGCUUAUUUGUGGAGUGAUUCAGGAGAGAAAUCUGUUCAGUGUCAAUAGGGCUGCUCUGUCACAUCCUAGACAUGAUGAAGUCCUAAUGGUUUGAAUGGAAUCGCUCACAGUGAGUCAGGCCAUGCAAGAGCUGCGAUAAUACUUCAUCACUAGGAACUGUGCAUUGCAGAUGCGUGUUUAGUAAAUGUAUUGUACAUAAAUCUAUAAGAGGUUUUUCAUUAACGCUGUUCAAUUAUUUUUGUUAUCUGAAGUGUACUUCUAGGAGACUUUGACUUAAAGUGCUCGGAGACGAUGAAAGAUGUUUGCUCCUUGCACCGGAGUGCUACAGGGGUAGGUGUACUAGCUGUUGGAGGGUAAAGACUUUCCAUGCGAGUGGUUCUGUCUUGGUUCAUAAUCUCUACACACAGACAGGAGAGGUUUGGGGCCCGAGGCAACGCACGCUGGAUGGAUGGAUGAGUUGAAAUUCAUGUUCUUUGUGUGGAUAUGAAGAUUAACCUACAGGGACAUUUCUAUAGGAAAAUGGAUGGUUAAACUUGUAUUUAUCCUUUAUUUCUCUUGCUGUCCAUCCUCCACUCCCUUGGUGAGGUAUAUUAAUCAAGCCUAUCAGAAUCACUUGCUAUUAAUUUAGCAGUUUUGGAACAGGUUAAUAUUUACUUUUAAAGGGAUUCUACCAGUUUGAAUUUUAAUGCACUUGAGAUUAGCUAAAUCUGCAGCGCUGUAAAUUGCAAAACUACUGAAAGCUGAGUUGUAUGUCCUGGCCAAAAUUCUAUUAUUUCAUAGUGUUCCCUGAGGACUCUUUAUAUUUGAGACUGUAUUUACGUGCCCAUCUUGAAGCUAGGAGGCUUUCACAUGGUGAAAGGGUGUAAAGAUCGGUCAUCAGUAAAUCUGUGGCGGGCAGGUGUAUCUUGCAUACAGAACAAGGGGAAAAAGACGCAUCUAAACAUUAAUUCCUAUUUUCUGAUAGAAUUAUCUUGAACUUCUAGUAGAUGAAAACCAAAGUUCCUACAGAUGGCUGAUUGUGAGGAAUCAUUAUAUAGAUGUCAGACACACACUAAAUUAUGCCUUUUUAAAAUAGUCUGCUUAAUUUAAUCUGACAUCAUACGCUGUUGUAGUUUAAUUCCAUUUUCUAGGGAAAGUGGCUGAGUCAGUUUUGUCAGUUCGUAAUUAAACUUUCUAGUAGUGUUGUAUCUGAAC